AUGUUUUUAAGAAAAUUUAGGUUGAGUUUUAUGCUUUCAGAUGUCGAUUCCACAUUACACUCUCUUUUCUCUAAAAUUUCUGAACCUGACCUAAAUAUAUUUUUAAAGAAAUUAAAAGAAGUGAAUACUCUGUUAUCACCAAAAGAAGCCGUUUUAGCCUGCAAUUACCUCGAUAAAAUCGCCAAUAAACCUAAUGAAUCAGGCUUUUCACACAGUGAAAUAUCGCAAAUAAAAAAGUCAUUAAUAAAUCACUUUCGCUCCAAGUUAUACUUGCUUUCCGACCCAAACCAACUAUGUAAAGUAACAAUUUUAAUAUCUGACGGUGGAAUAUUGACGGAAUCCUACGUUAGGGAUUUUCUGACUAGGCUUGACAAGCUGCUAUGUUCCAUAAAUUUCGAGGAUAUUCCAGUCAUUUGUGAUUGUUUAAUUAUGCUUAACGCAAGAGGAUAUAAAAUUGACAACACAUGUAUAAAAUUCUAUAACGUUUUAGCUUCAGAUAACACUUUGGAGACUAUCGACAACUUGUCGUUGUUUAAAGUUUUUGAGUGUUAUACUAGUUUAAACAUUAAUAACAAAUUAUUAGAGAAUAAAUUAGUUGCUGAAAUCAAGGCUCGAGUAAAUCAAAAUAAGGUUCCAGAACCACAAAUCGUUAAUUUAAUCAAAUCCAACAGUCCUGAAAAAUCCAAAUUACUCUUUUUAAACCAGUUUCUAUUAUCAAAACUACUCAAUGAUAAUGAAAUCGAUUUGAUUACUCUAGUGGCCAUUUUAAAUAACUGUAAACGUUUGAACAGAGAUUUUGAAAAGGUUGACCAGAUUUACUUGUCACAUAGAGACAAAUUGAGUCUAUUUAGUGAAAAAAUUACAUUACAAUUGAAAUUGGACCUCUUAACCAGUUUUGCUAGAUUUAGAUAUAAACCACAAUACCUGAAUGAUUUAUUGGAGAGUAUUUCUGUUCAUUUGGAAGAGCUUAGCUUUGAAGACCUUACUAUUCUUUUCGUUAAUAUUUUUUAUUUAAAUUUACACAGCGACUCGAUAAUAGACCAUUUUAAAGAAACCUUAAAUCACCUUCAGAGUAAUUUUUACCUAAAUUAUUGUUUGGAAUACAAUAAUAAUUUCACAAAACUACUAUUGGCAAUGUCUUAUUUUUGCAUUAAUGAUCACGGUAUCUUUAACAAUAUACUCUACGAGAUAAUUCGCAAUGAACACAAAAUGACUGACCAAGACAAGAUCAACCUUCAAAGAUUUUACUCAAUUUUAAAGUCCGGUUACUCUCACGAUAACCUCAUAAAUUUAAUAAAUGAGGACAUUCUGAAGUAUUUGCACAACAACAGUAAAUGUUAUCAAACCCAGAGAACCAAAGACCUUGACCACAUUUCAAACCUGAUUACUCAGCUUUCUCACGGAAUAUACGAACAAGCUAACAUUGGGGGAUAUUACCUUAAUUUUAUUAUCCCCAGGCAAAUGAAAAGUAGGAUAAAAUCUGGUCAUUUUGAUCCUCAAGAAGGCAUAGGUAUAACUAUUGCUCAAUUUUACAAAUCCCAGACAGGUUCGGAAGGACUUGAAGAGACUAGCGAGCACGUAUUAAUGAAGAGAAUAUUAAAAAAUUUAAAUAUCAAUUUCGUGGAGAUCUCCAUGCACGUCCUUGAGGGUCUGAACCGAAGUCAACGCCUCGAGUACCUGGCUGCUCUAAUUUCUAAGGCAUCAGAGCCUAAUUUGUCCAAUAGAUCCAAUUAUUUUUUUCCUAAAACUAGUAAUCUAGUCCAUGCUUAA